CUCUAGCGCUGACGUCACUCAGCCUCUCACACAGCCAAUCCGGUGAGGUGGGGCGUGGCCUGGGCUGUGAGCUGCUUCCUGUACCCUUCAGUUGCUGCUGCUCAGGUGUCAGAGGGGCGUGGCUGACCGGUCCCAGCACUCACCUAGGCUGCCUGGCGCUGACUGGCAAUGACGGCCUGGUGACCCUCCCUGCACCAGAGCGCGAUGUCCCUUUUGUUUGCCCGAUCAACAUCUAAAGUCUCCACGAAGAAGGAUAAGAGAUACAUGGCGGAAGUCAGCGCCUCCCCCCUCAAGCACUUUGUCACCGCCAAGAAGAAGAUCAAUGGCAUCUUCGACCAGCUCGGCGCCUACAUCCAGGAGAGCUUCAGCUUCCUGGAGGAAACGUACCAGAAUCCCGAGCUGGACCCAGUGGCCUCGGAGGAGCAGGUGCUGGAAGUGAAAUGUUUCCUAACCAAUGUCAAAGGCAUCAGUGAAGUGCUGGCGCGGCGGCACAUGAAAGUCGCCUUCUUCGGGAGGACCAGCAAUGGGAAGAGCACGGUCAUUAAUGCCAUGCUGUGGGACAAGGUUCUCCCAUCCGGCAUUGGCCAUACGACCAACUGCUUCCUGCGCGUGGAAGGGACGGAGGGGAGCGAGGCCUAUCUGCUGACGGAUGGCUCAGAGGAGAAAAGGAGCGUUAAGACAGUGAACCAGCUGGCUCACGCGCUGCACCAGGACGAUCUGCUAGAUUCCGGCUCCCUGGUCAGUGUCAUGUGGCCGAAUUCCAAGUGCCAUCUCUUGAAGGAUGACCUGGUGUUGAUGGACAGCCCCGGGAUUGAUGUGACGACUGAGCUGGACAGCUGGAUAGAUAAAUUCUGCCUGGAUGCUGAUGUAUUUGUGCUGGUGGCCAACUCUGAAUCCACCCUUAUGCAGACGGAAAAGCAGUUUUUCCACAAGGUGAACGAGCGCCUGUCUCGCCCAAACAUCUUCAUCUUGAACAACCGAUGGGACGCGUCUGCCUCGGAGCCGGAAUACAUGGACGAGGUGAGGCGCCAGCACAUGGAACGCUGUACCAGCUUCUUGGUGGACGAGCUGGGAGUACUGGACCGGACGCAGGCUGGAGAUCGCAUAUUCUUUGUGUCGGCCAAGGAGGUGUUAAACGCCAGGAUACAGAAAGCUCAAGGAAUGCCGGAAGGAGGCGGAGCGUUGGCUGAAGGUUUCCAAGUGAGGAUGUUUGAGUUUCAGAACUUUGAGAGGCGCUUUGAGGAGUGCAUCUCGCAGUCGGCCGUAAAAACCAAGUUUGAGCAGCAUACGAUGAGAGCCAAGCACAUAGCGGAUGUCUUGCGCCAAAUAAUGGAGUCUCUGCACGUGGCUGCCCAGGAACAGAGAGUUUACUGUCUGGAGAAGCGAGAGGAGUACAAGGACCGGCUGGAGUUCAUAGAGAAGCAGCUGGAGCUACUGACCGAAGACUACAAGCUGAAAAUCAAACAGAUCACAGACGACGUGGAGCGACAGGUGUCUAACGCCAUGGCGGAGGAAAUCCGGCGCCUCUCCGUACUGGUAGACGAGUUCCAGCUGGAUUUUCAUCCUUCCCAAGUUGUCCUUAAAGUCUAUAAAAAUGAGCUGCACCGCCACAUAGAGGAGGGUCUGGGCCGAAACCUGUCUGAUCGCUGCUCCAACACCAUCUCCGUGUCCCUGCAGACCACGCAGCAGGAGAUGAUCGAUGGGCUGUUACCUCUCCUCCCAUCCUCUGCACGGUGCCAGAUUGAUCUGUUGGUUCCCCGCCAGAGCUUCAGUUUGAGCUACGACCUGAGCUGUGACAAGCUCUGCGCGGACUUCCAGGAGGACAUCCAGUUCCACUUCUCCCUCGGGUGGACAAUGCUCGUCAACAGGUUCCUGGGACCCAAAAAUGGCCGCCGGGCUCUGCUUGGAUACAGCGACCAGGGCCCUCGUACGAUGCCACUCACCCCGGUGAACCCCAGCAUGCCUCCCAUGCAGCAGGGAGCUAUGACCCAGGAAGAACUCAUGGUUUCCAUGGUAACAGGCUUGGCCUCAUUGACGUCUCGGACUUCCAUGGGUAUUCUUGUGGUGGGAGGCGUGGUCUGGAAGGCCGUGGGCUGGCGUCUCAUUGCCUUAUCUUUUGGCCUUUAUGGGCUUCUGUACGUAUACGAGCGCCUCACCUGGACUACGAAAGCCAAGGAAAGAGCCUUCAAGCGCCAGUUCGUGGACUACGCAGCCGAGAAACUGCAGCUGAUUGUAAGCUACACCGGCUCCAAUUGUAGCCACCAAGUGCAACAGGAACUCUCUGGGACGUUUGCCCACUUGUGUCAGCAGGUUGAUGUAACGCGAGAAAACCUAGAACAGGACAUCACCGCCCUGAAUAAGAAGAUUGAAACCCUGGACGGUCUGCAGAGCAGAGCCAAACUGUUGCGAAAUAAAGCCGGCUGGCUGGACAGCGAACUCAAUAUGUUCACCCACCAGUACCUGGAGCAGAGCUGAAGGCGCCUCGUCUGCGAAACACUGGCGAUGCCGAAUUUCUUCAUCGCCUCUUUCUAUAUACUCUUAUUCUUUCCGAAAUACUCCUGUCCUACCUUACACAGCACCGAGUACCUGGUAUACUGCAGGAAUGUAUGGUGGAUGUGAGCUAGGAAGGACUUUGUCAUGUUCCGUGAUCACUGCUGAAUCACUAAACGCAUACCAUUAUACUGUGCGCUGCUCCUGCAAGGGAUGAUGGGAAGGCAGCGAGGGUUCUGGGAUAAAGUCCGAUGAUGCUGCUUUGGCCAAAACACUUCUUUAGUAAUAACCAAUGUUUGGGUUCUGCAGUUAGUGUCUGGUGAGAUUAGGGGACUUCAGUUUUAUGCUGUCCUUUGUUUUUCUGCUGUUCUGGGGUGACGUGAAUUUAGUGGAAUUCUGGUAAAGCAUCAUAAGAUUUAUGGUUUGGUUCUCUGUGCAUCGGUUACAAUUCUCCCUGACUGGACCAGAGGAGGCGGCCAUUUUGUGCCCACUGGCUAGGAGCUACUUACUUCCCUAAGGCGUCAUGGAGGGAAUGUAGACUCAGGGGAAAAAAAUGUCUACCCCCCCCAAGUCUGUAUGUCAGCACCAGGUCCACAGGUUGCCUUAUAUCUGCCCACCAUGUGUAGGGUGUAACAUUAUGUGUCUGGUUAUAAUAUAGCACUGAGAAAUGCCUUUGCCGCUGCUUAGGACUCGCAUCAGACUCUUCUUUGUUAAUGUGACCUAAUACACAGCCGGUGGCCAUUGCUGUAUGCUAUUUGGUCAUCGGUAACAGUGCUUACACAGACUGGCAUCUUCACCACCAACCGGUACAUUUUACACCAUACUGCUUCAUGGCCGCAGAUUGGGAUCUAUGUCUGGUCGGGCGUUGACCGCACCUAUGGAUCCCUGCCACCCUAUCACCCGCUCCGUGGGAACCGUAAGAAAAAGCAACAGCAUCCUUUUUUUUAUGGCGACCAGUGUCCGGCGAUUAUCUGCACCAGAACAGGAGAUCGCAACAUACACUGUCGCCUAAACCAGUCUAGUACUACUAUAUCCAUAACCACUCAUUUCCCAGCAUCCCCGUGUUACUAUAUAGGAGCGUAGCGUGAGGAUAGGAAGCGCCAGCUCGGAGCUGUAAGACGUGGCAGAGGGCUGGUUAGCUGCAUGUUAUUACACAGACGCCACCACAUGGCGGCCCCUCAUUGUGCGUGUAAUCAGGGAAUACUGGUAUGUGACUACGUGCUAAGGUUCAGGUUAGAGUGGUAGUGAGAUCAGCAAAUGCUCAUCUGCCCUUACUACUGACCCCCGGAACUCCCACCCCUGCUACCCAAUAUUGCUCUGUCAUUGAACCCCGAAAACGAUUUCCAGUUAAGGUUAUAUAGUCUCUUUCUGAACCGUCACUGUUCCGGCUGAGUGUUCCAAUGUUCUGUAGGGUUGCACAUGCCUCGUUCAUGGGUCACCCUGUCCCUUUUAGUGAAAUGCAUGGUUUUGUGUUCCUGGUAAUACCCUGGUAUUUGUACAAUCAGGCAGAGUUGUCGACACCACCCUGCAUUGCAGGGGUAUAUGUAUACCUAUUUAGCUGAUAAUAUAAAGACAUGGCUGAAGGGCAGCAACAACUAAUAAUCAAAUGUACUACGCAAAUGUUAAAGGAGAACAUGUACGAGACAUUACAGUAAAACGACCUGUGGCUAUUCCGCCUCAAACAAUACAUGCUGAAAUAUAUAGGAUUCUGAAAUCUUGCUCUUUAAUAAUGACACUGCAUUUAGCUGAUGUGGCAGUAGAGGGCGCCGGUCUCCUCGCUGCGCAAACGCUUGCCAAAUGUUAUAUACUUGAAAGGAGGCGCUGCGGAUGGUAGCUUCAGCGAUCUUAGAUGAUUCUGCACUUUAUUUUGUAGGAAGUUGUUUGUGUGUUAUAGUAAAAUAAGUUGGUUUGUUUUCUAUAAUGUAUUUAAUUUAAGCUUGUGUAUCGCGCAUGUCCACUGUAGCACUUGACAAUAAAAAUGAAUUAUUUGGAA